AUGUUCCGCGUCGCCUUCCUUGGAACUGGAAGCCAUGGUUUUGGAUCGCACGCGGAUCCGAUCGCACUGGCUCUGUCAUGUCUAUCGGAGGCCGGUCGAGACAUAUUCGCGCUCUAUGCCAUAUACUGUUUCCUCAACGAGCCAGGUGUAUUCAUAGGAUGCUUUCUCACAUUGACAGCAGCGGGCAUAUAUGUCUCCAGCAUAAGACAGACCACGGAGGAAGAUGUUGAAUCUGAAUGCGUGACUCGGGUAGGCAAACUCCACAGAUGGCCCGCUCUUAAGCUGAUACAAAAAAUCAAGCCUCGCUAUCCGGUUGUAUUUGUAUUUGCAGCGGUAUUGGUCGGAUAUAUGCUUUUUGUAUCGUUCACAAUGAUACAUGAGAAUGAAUGGACAACACACACCCCUGAACCGCAGUGGGGCUUCACCUCGGAGUUGGAGUCCAAGCCAGGCGAUUGUCACCGCCGGCCUUUACUGUUUCAUUCGCAUAGGAAAACACUGGAAAAUUACGACCGCUUCAAUAACAUCCUGCUAAUAGUCUUCUUCAGCCACGCUCGUUACGGCGCCAACCUAGAUUACCACCGAGAAGUAUAUUCUGAUUAUUUUCCAAAUAUUUUCUACAUUGGACCUGCCUCCCGCGAGGAUUCCGGCUUUGAUCACUCGUAUGAUGUCUUUGUGGACUCGUACCAUUCGGAUGAGGAUCUGACUGAUCCAUCAUAUUAUAAGAUGGCAGGACGCAUGGCUCAUCAUAUGCUGUAUACCGCUCUUCAGGAGCAAGACUGUUAUGAUGGGUACUUAUGGGUGCCGUUUGAUACUCUGCUGAAUAUUCCACGAUUGGAGAAGUUUGACCGGGAAUUCUUUUGGUAUCAUUCACCAUGGGGCCUGCCUGUAUUUAACCCUGCACAGGAUAAUAAUCUCAGCCUCGGCCUGCAUGCUCCCCCUGUCAACGUAUCGCCGGAUCCGUCUAUCAAUCUCACGGAAACAUGGAGGGGAUGGGGAUCUGACUGGUGUGAUCCACACGUGGGAGUCGGAGUCUGCAUGGAAGCUUUCUGGAAAGUGCCCGUGCACUUGAGAGAACGCCUCGCUGCAUUUACCAAUGGUGAAACGCGCCUUAUCGGAGGCUCCGCAGACACGAUGUACAUCCCAGGGCGGCACCGCAGGAUAUUUAUGGAAGUAUUGAGCCUGUUCCUUGAAACGACUUGCUUCCUUGAGAUUGCUGUACCUACAACACUGCACUUGGUCGCGCCUCGCCAUGAGCCGAUUCUCUUUGUGGACCAUUGGUGGAUAUAUCAGCCGCCGUUCAAUGCGUCUUUUGUGAGGCAAAAGUGGGAAGAGGGAUACGAGGUGGAUACGUUUCAUACUUUCCAUUGGGGUGAGCGCGAUGGAGAUAAUGUGUGGAGGGCCAACUACGAAAACGUUGUAGACAUUCGACGUCUGUUGAGGGAGUCGGCAGAGAGACAGCAAGUUGUUUUUCCUGUUAGGUGA